AGCGCCAUUGGCCGCUUGCUCAUUUUAAUCGCUGUCAAAGCGCAUCAUAUGGCCGCCGCUUUAACUAGCUCCUCAACUCCACCAGGGAAAGGAGCUCAAAUGCGCUUUCAAUUAACGUGGACGUGAAACCGCAGUGGCAAAAAAAUAACUAAGCUACGGGAGGAAAAUAGCAAAAAAGAACUUCAAAACUCACUACUGUUUGGAUUAAACUGCAUCCACUCCACUUUUUUGCUUGCGUGCUCUGGAGCUCUGCGCUUGUGUUGCACCUGCUCGAGCGGACUAGCGCCGAACGAAAGUUCAUGCUCUUUCUGUGUAGGGUGAGCAGCCUCUAAGCCACGUGAAUGUAUAGCAUGAUGAUGGAGACGGACUUGCACUCCCCGGGACCCCAGACCAACACGAACCCGGGUCAGACGGGACCCAGCGCGGGGGGUAAGGCGAACCAGGAGCGCGUGAAGCGGCCCAUGAACGCGUUCAUGGUGUGGUCCCGCGGGCAGCGGCGGAAGAUGGCGCAGGAGAACCCCAAGAUGCACAACUCGGAGAUCAGCAAGCGCCUGGGCGCCGAGUGGAAGGUGAUGUCCGAAGCCGAGAAGCGGCCCUUCAUCGACGAGGCGAAGCGCCUGCGCGCCAUGCACAUGAAGGAGCACCCGGAUUACAAAUAUCGUCCGAGGCGGAAAACCAAGACGCUGCUGAAAAAGGACAAGUACUCCCUGGCCGGUGGGCUGCUGGGUGGGGCGGGCGCGGGCGCGGGCGUGGGGCUCGGGGUGGGCAUGAGUCCGGCCGGCGUGGGCCAGCGGCUCGAGAGCCCCGGCGGUCACGGCGGCUCGGGCGGCGCGAGCUACGCGCACAUGAACGGCUGGGCGAACGGCGCGUACUCAGGCCAGGUGGCUGCCGCCGCCGCGGCCGCUGCCAUGAUGCAGGAGGCGCAGCUGGCGUACGGGCAGCACCCGGGCAGCGGCGCGCACCACCACCACCACGGCCACCACCACCACCCGCACAACCCGCAGCCCAUGCACCGCUACGACAUGAGCGCGCUCCAGUACAGCCCCAUCUCAAACUCCCAGAGCUACAUGAGCGCGUCCCCGCCGGGUUACGGAGGGAUUUCCUACUCGCAGCACCAGAGCUCCAGCGUGGCGUCCUCCGCCGCCAUCGGCACGCUGAGCUCCCUCGUCAAAUCCGAGCCCAACGGGAGCCCUCCGGUGAGCGGCCACUCCAGAGGCCCCUGCCCCGGAGACUUGCGGGAGAUGAUUAGCAUGUACUUACCGAGCGGGGAAUCCGGGGACCCGUCCGUUCAGAGCAGACUGCACGCCUUACCGCAGCACUACCAGAGCACAGCGGCCGGAGUAAACGGGACUGUGCCGCUGACGCACAUCUGAAACGGUCCGACAUGCUGGGGGUAAAAAAAAAAAAAAAAAAAAAAGAAAGAAAAGAAAAGAAAAGAAAAAAGCGCGUACACACACACACCACCAAAUAUUUACCUCUUUCUAGAUGGCCAUUUAAUUACUUUUUUGUAUAAAAACGUUUUACGGCGGUCUUGUAACUGAAGGUAAAAUAUUGUUUCGAUUGCCGUUCACAGAACAAAACAAGAACUGCUCAUAUUUGUCACUUUUGAUUCAACCUUAUUUUUUAUUUUUAAUCAUCGUUAUUCAUCAUUAUUAUGCUCUCCAUCAAUUCCAAUUGACAUUCUUCCUGGCCAUGCCAAAAAACAAAAAAAAAAAACUCCCGCGAUGUCCCCUCAGUAUUUCAUUUCAAAUAUUAAAAA